GCAUUUGCAUAAUUUUGUAUAAACAAUUUGAAAGAAUCUCUUCGCAUUAUUGAUUUGAUUAAUUCAUCUCCCACUUUCUCCUCCUUUUAUAUGCCCGUUCUCUUUUGAGUUCCCUCACUCCUAAAAUCUCUCAAAUUCGAGAAUCAUAAGAAAAAAGAGUCUUACUUUUUCUUUUUCUUUUUCUUGUCAAAGUUUUGAGUUUUUGCCAAGAUGAGUUCUACAAUGUUUAAGGUUUUGAUGAUGUUGGGUCUUUUGGCUACCUCUUGCAUGGCCCAAGCACCCACAUCUCCACCAACAUCCACACCGACACCUUCUCCAUCGCCAGCUGCUACUCCGCCAGCCCCAACACCUUCUCCAAAGGCAUCACCAACCCCAGCUCCAACGCCAUCCCCAACCCCAACCCCAACCCCAUCAUCAACUCCUUCAAGGGCUCCAACCCCAUCACCCACCACUACCCCAUCUCCUUCUCCAAGCACUUCACCUUCUCAUUCACCAAGCUCUUCCCCUCCUGCUCCUACCCAACCAGGUUUAACUCCUCCAGCCUCCGCGCCUUCAGCUGACCAAACCCCUCCUCCCUCUGCCGCCUCCACCAACGGUGUUUUUAUUGGUGCAACCGCUCUUGCUGCUACUUUCUUCGCUGCCCUUUUGGCUUAAGAAAGUGAGUUGGACUGUACCCGGGCUUUCAGAUCAUUAUUCUUGAGGAUCUUGCUUUCUUCCCCACUUUGUUCUUUUGAGUAGUGUUCUUUUUUGUUUUAAUUGAUUUGUUAUGUAUGGCCGUUGAUGAUAUUCUAUUAUUAAAUUUGGGUUUGGAUGGUUGAUUAUUUUGAUGGAAUGACACGUGUAUCAUUUGAUGAGAUCGGACGGUUGUAGAGAUUGGGCUGGUGUACAUCUAAUAAGAGUGGAUUAAAAACAGUUUGUUAUUCUUUUUACAUCAAAAUGCAAUUUGUCAUGUUAAUUUCAUAUUACUUUAUAUAUUAUGAUUUAUUUUCAUGUGUAA